AUGAAUAAUUCUCGUGGCUCUAGUGGGGAAAACUUCACUGGUGAAGGGAGUGGUGGUGGCUCUUUUAUUCCCGCACCUACCGACCUUCGUUCUGCCAUUCAGUAUACUGCUUUGGCUUCCAUAACACCGGCUUCUACAGUCAUUGGUGAUUUACCUACGCUUUCCGUCGCGUUCAAAGAAUAUCCAACGUGUAAUCUAAAUGACCCGCAGUAUGCACAUAUUGGUGCUAUGCUUAGUCAACAGAAUAAUGGACACAUUGACUUGGGUCUACAACAACAAUUUCAGACUGUACGCGGACUUUUGAAUCAAGUUGAUGUUAGUUAUGUCCGCUUCAAAAGUCCUCCUACGUCAACAAACUCCUUGCCUUCCUUUGAUUAUCCAACAUCACCGCCUCCAUCUAUCCCUCAAAAACGGCCAUUUCAUGAUGCUAUGAAUUUCUCGAAUAAUACGCACGGCAAUUCUAAUCACCAAUCUAAUUUUUAUCACCAGAACACUUAUGACGGUUCUAGAAUGAUUACAGCUAUGCAAUCACGUGAUUAUCGCGAGUCUUCCCCGAACGACGUGUCUCAGCAACAGUAUCACGAAAAAGUAGGAAUUUUAUCUUCCCACGUCUCACAACAAAUGAAUAAUUCUACAUCUACACCGCAAGCUAUACGUUCAAAUUCACCUCGAAUUAUCAUUGAAAGUGUUGCUCCUCAGCAGACUUUAAUAUGUCCUGAUGAUUAUAAUUCAGCAUCUCCAGGAUAUCAGAAUUCUGAUUUGUCUUCACGAGAUUUAUACAAAGAUAAUCAAUCUUACAUUUCUUCUUCAUAUACUCCAGCUAUUCUCGAAAAUAAUAGUAUAAGUCAGAAAUCGGCAGAAUUUGACAUAAGGAAUCUCGAUCAGCAAAAAUAUGUUAAAGCUAACAAUCAAAAUAGAAAUAACUUUUCUACUCCGCAACAGAAUAUUCAAAUGAAUGUGACUGAAUUCCGUCCGCCAUCUCCAAGAGUGGUCAUUGAGACUAAUGAUAUACCACCUAAUACACUUUAUCAUAAAUCAGAAAUUGAUCAAGUUUCAAAUAAAAACAUGGAUGAAACUUUGCCUCCUUCCUAUAAGAAAGAAAAACAACGCAGGCCAUCACCCGAAGUAGUAGUAGAAAUACCACCUAGGGAAAUUCUUAAUGAAUAUCGUUCACCGCAUUCAAGCGUUUCUGAAUGGGGAGGCAGCCCUUCUGUCGGAAAAAGACGCUCCAGUCAAGAUUUAAGAAAGCAAAGAGAGAAGGAUCGAGAAGAUGAACGAAAUGGAGAAAGCGCACUGAACAGAUUAGUACAAUUCUUAAGUACAAUUUUUGAGGCGGAAGAUUCUAUAUUGCCUGAAAGUAUUGCUGAAUCUACUGGAUCAAGUUCGACUUCGCUCUUCAUCCCUUCGACAUUAGCCUCUCAUGAACCAUUACUCACCACUCACACUAUUCGUCAGCUUGUGAAGUUUGUCAAUAAAGCGCGUCGAAGUAGGAAAUUAGAAGAGGCAGAAGUAGAAGAUCUGGCACGAAUUUUAAAAAUAUUGGAGCGUUCUGUUCGAGAUGCCGAGACGUUAGAUAUAUUGCCCAAUUCUGCAAUUAAUCAUUUUGGAGCUUCCACAUCAAAAUCUCAUAAAAACGCGGAAAUAAUGGACAUUAACAGUGAAGCGUUCGAGGACGAUAAUAUGGACAUUGAUUCCAAAAUAAAUCAAACAGAAGCAAAAAUCGAAAAAAUAAUAAACGGCAUUGAUGCUGCUAUAUGUGCACUCUCAAUUAUGACUGGCGGCAAAUUAAGUAAACAGCUUUAUCCCGAAGAUUUAAUUGUUUCUAGUUUAAAUCUUACCAAGAAUCAACUCAAUGGCAUUAUCUAUAAACUCUUGGAACUAAAUCCGAGCAACGAUGAACUUAACAGCCAAAAUGAUAUUGAAGUCUCUGAACGACAACUUGCAUCAUUACUGCCUAUGAUUACAAAUUUUCUGCAGAGACUCUAUGAUUUAAUGCAACAAGAAGAGUUAUCGGACAAUGUUGUGAUAACUGUUGGUUUUAUCGCAGUUGGCCCGUUUUUCGUCGAUACGAUGAAUAGUAAUGCAACUGCUAUUUUGGGCAGUGGAGGAUUAGAUGGUGUAAAGCUAGUUGCUCUUGGACUAUUACGAUCGAUAUUUACAAAUCAUCAAAAACAACGCACAUGGAUUUUAGAAGAGAUCCUGACUUCACUAAUAAAACUACCCACCGCUAAACGUAAUCUAAGGCAAUAUAGGCUACCAGAUGGCAAAUCAAUUCAAAUGAUAUCCGCUUUAAUAUUGCAACUUAUUCAGAGUUGCACAGCUUGCUUAGGUGAUAAUAAAAUCAGAUUAGCUGAAGAAGAAAGGGAUGUGGAAAAUAAAGAAAUCGAUGGUUUUUCAACAGAAUUACAAAAGUUUGGUCGUGCCUGGAAGUCAGGGAUGGAUGCAGCUAGUGCGAAUGCGGGAUAUGUGUUCAAAUUCUUGUUGGCAAGAUGUACAAAAACAAUCAAAAAUUCGAAUGAAUCUGAUUAUCGAUUAUUACUGGAUAAUUUCAUGGAAGAUGUUCUCACUGUAUUGAAUUAUCCAGAAUGGCCAGCGGCAGAAUUAGUAUUGCGCAUAUUUAGUAUAAUUAUGAUAGGAUAUAUUGAUGAUAAAAAAGCAGAUACAUACACAAAAUCUAUGGCUAUCGAUUAUUUGGGAACCAUUGCAGGCCGAAUUAAGAAAUUUUCAAAUAGUGAUUCCACAUUAUCCGAAAAAAAUUACGAAGCAGAUUUUGAUGAAAACGACACUAAUAUAACCAAACGAUUUAAAGAAAUCCCCAAAGAAAAAAUCGAUAGUCUCACACAACUAACCUUAAUUGAGAAUCUUUGGGGAUACCAGAGGAAAGUUUUAAAUUUCUUGGAACUCGGCGCAAUGGAAGAUCCCGGUCUACAGUGCGCUCGCCAAUUUUACUUGUCAGAUUGGGGAUAUUCGUACGCCAACGUUUUACUCUCAUUGAAAAGAGAUCCUCAUUCUCCGAAAUCUUUUAACGAUUUUGACGAGAAUGAAAUUUCGGAUAAUGAAAAGGAAAAUUUUUUGAUUAAUCUUGUCCAGGAAUAUUGGAAUAUGACUUGCGAAGAAGAUACAAAACAAAUUUUAGAGUAUAGACAGCAAAGCCCUGAGCGAUCCGAAGUACUCCUUGUAGUCGAGCUGCUUGCAACUAGACAAGCUUUAUAUCAAAGCUUUGAUUCGAUUCUUUCUAGAAUUUUAUUAUCUUUGAACCAGGGUGUCGUUGCUUUUCGAACCAAAGCACUCAGAGCUUUAGGCCAAGUAGUUGUAAAUGAUCCCAGCGUUUUAAGCCAAACAGAAGUACGAAAUACUAUUGCACAAAGGCUUCAGGAUAAUUCUCCUGCGGUUCGUGAUGCUGCUAUUGAUCUAGUCGGUCGUUACUUGGCGCAGAAACCCGAAAUAACUGAACAAUAUUACCAAAUAAUUAGCGAACGUAUAAAAGACACCGGCCUUAAUGUUCGAAAACGCGUUAUCAAACUGUUGAGAGAUAUUUAUCUCAAAAGCACAGAUCAGAGUGUAAUGAUCGAUAUUGGUUGCAAGAUUCUUUUACGAAUCAAUGAUGAGGAUGACCAUGUUAAGGAUUUAGCCUUUAAAACAAUACAAGAAUUAUGGUUAACACCUUUCAAAUAUCAAAAAAACGUGAUAAUCGAUGCUGAAGACCUUGAAGAUGAUGAAGGGCAAAGUGAAUUCUUUAAUAUGUCACUUAUCGGGAAGAAAGAGGUGUUGACAAGGAGUCUGUUAAUAGUUGGAGUCGCAGGAAAAUUAGGAGAAAGAAACGGUCAUAUACUUGGAAGUUUAUUUAAAAAAAUAUUAGAAAAAGAAGGCAAGCAAAAACGAGAAGUCUUAAAUAUAUGUCAGUGUAUGGUCGAUUGUCUCUUUGAACAUUUAUUGACAUUGCAAGAUGGAAAUUCAAAGACAGAGGUGGUUAGCUGUAUUAGUACUAUCGGUUUGCUAAGUCAUGCUUCUCCAUCUCUCGUUCGAAGACAUGUUGUUACUUUGCAACCAUAUCUAAAGGGCGCCAGCACGAACGAAGAUCAAGCAAUUAUGUAUUACGUUCUCUUAAUAUAUCGGAGUGUUUUACCUCUUUUGAAACGACCAAAUCCAACUUUUUUGUCUGAUGUUGAGACAGCACUAUUAAGCCUGCUUACCAAAAGCCCACAAAAGAUUCUUCAAGAAGUUGUACCAUGUUUGUGUAUCAUCGCUGAUAAAUUGACUCAUAAUUAUGUGCGAUUAACAAAAUUAUUACGUUCUUGUCUUGACAAACUCAAAUCGGAGCGAAAAACUUUCGAACAAACACAAGAACUAUCUUCAGCCCGUAAUGUUAUGGUAUUAUUGAUGAUUAUCGGAUUGCUUUGCCAGAAUUUUGAUUUUGACAAAAAGCGAGCCGAAAAACCAGAUGAAUUGAAAGAAUUAAAUUCCAUCAAUAAGGGAAUGAUAACACCGCUAGUUUAUGAGCUAGUUUUAUAUUUUUGUAAUGAAACGCUAUCCGAGUCGGUUCAAAAAAUGGCUUUACAGAGUUUGGGUUUCAUAUUUCUCUCCUAUCCUAUAAUGAUGUUACGUCCUGAAAGCACCGACUUGAUGGAUCGUAUAUUCAACAGUGGGGUAAUGGAUAUGAAGAUUCAAUUAAUGAAGGUUUUCUUAGAUUUUCUGCUUGCCGAGCAGCAGAAAAUUAAUGCAGAUUUGGAGGACAAAAAAUCCAAAAAAGACACCACUGUCGAUUUAAAAGUUCUUAUUGGUAACGCGGAUGAAUUUGCCGAAGCUGGAGUAAGCAGUUCUUUGAUGCAAAGAUAUCUUGACCGCAUUCUCGAUUGUACAUUUGAUUUAAAUCCACAUAUGAAGAUUGUUGCUCUUGAUGUUCUAGCGAACAUUAUCCAACAAGGUCUUGCUCAUCCUGUCUUGUGCAUGCCAACAAUUGUCGCAAUGGAAACGAGCCCAGAACCAGCCUUUCGUGAUAAAGCAUUCAAACUUCAUCAGCAUCUUAACGAAAAACAUGCUUCUUUAAUACAUACUCGACAUGUAGAAUGUGUGAAGAAAGCAUACCACUUCCAAAAGCAAUUAGUAGGAGAUGCUUCAAUAGUGGGAUAUACCACAAGCUCGACAGAAGGACAACAACAACCGGAGGCGCUUCUUAAUCCAAUGUACUCACUCUUAAAAGAGAAGCGACAGCGUCGAAACGAUUUUCUUACAACUCUAGUCAGAACUUUUGAUUUUGACUUAAAGCGAACAGAUGAAUCAAAGGUUGAUGUACAUUUUUGUAAAUUUGUAACAGAGAAUUUGGCUACAAUUGAUUAUAAGACCAUCGAGGAAGUCCUUCAAGUCAUAUAUAGCAUAAAUCGGGUUUUAUCGGUUGUAGGCAUAAGCAUUCAUCAUUCGCUACAGAAUGAUGGCACCGAUGAAAUCAUAACAGACAAUGUUCGAAUAAUCAUCGACAAUAGUAUGAAUCCUGAAAUAACGCAACAUGAACUUUUAGAUCCUUCUUUGUUAAUGAUGGAUGUCGACCGGUUAACAGAAAAUGCGAGUGACCUUGCUUCUCAUAUGUCUACAGAAGAAAUGUUUUCCCCAAUGCAGAAAGAGGAGAUGGAUGAUGACCAAGAAUAUCAUGACACUAAAUCAAUUAACCAUGGUGAUAAAGAAACUAUAUUACCACGACAGUAUGCUGCAAAGAUUUCCAUUUGUAUGGUUAUUUUGAUGUUCUUGAAGGAGCAUCUAAAAAGAGCAUAUGCCUUGAGCGACGCUAAAUGCCAAAACUUUAACCCAGCUCAAAGUGGGUCUCAUAAAGAUAAGCCAGCACUACGCCAUCAAAAUGCACCAUCUUUAAUAUCUUGGGGAAAUUUGCCAUUCGUAGAUAAACCCAUGAAUACCGACGAAGAUAUAGCUCAACAAUGUGAAUUGUUCCUGAAAUUAAUGGCUGAAGAUGGAACUCAAAAAGAUGAGUUUGCCGAAGUAGAUUUGGACGCGGUUGAAGACAUGAAUCAAAAAGGAAAUAACAACAUAUAUGUUAAUAUCGAUUUUGACAAUUCAGCUCUAUCGAGCUUCGAUGCAAUAACGCGAGCAUCAAAUUCGAAUUCAUCACGGGGGAAAGGUGUCGUGCGUAAAACAGGGUCCUCAUCAAAGGCUAAAACAUCUACUAAAUCAGGACCCAGAAAAAGGAAUACGACUACUGAAUUAGGAUCAAAGAAAGGAAAGAAGAAGCGAAAAUCAAUAAUACAAAUUAAUGAUACAGAAGACGAUGACAGUGAUUUUCAUAUAUGA